AUGGAAAGAGGAAGCUUACCUGAUAUGCUUAGAAAUGAUAAAGAAGUAUCAAAGUUGGAUUGGUCAAAGAGGUUUAAUAUUAUCAAGUGGGUAGCACAAGCUUUAUCUUACAUGUACAAUGAUUGUAAUCCGCCAAUUGUUCAUAGAGACAUAUCCAGCAAAAACAUUUUACUGUCUUCAAAUCUUGAAGCUCAUGUCUCAGACUUUGGCAGAACAAGAUUCUUAAAGCCUGAUUCGUCAAUUUGGACAACAUUUGCUAGCACAUAUGGCUAUACUGCUCUUGAUCAACUACAAAGGGAUUCUGGACCCUCGUUUAUCAUCAACAAAUCAGCAAAACUUGAAGAAAUUGGCUUUGAUUUGGCAUCUGGCUCUUCAAUGCUUACAAGCAAACCCUCAUGCUCAAGCAGCGAUGUGCAAUCUUGCACAAUUGAUGGAGAUGGAGAGUGCUCAUGA